UCCAUGUGGGGGCGUAUCUCCUCACCUCAGUCGAACGCGCUGCGAACAAACGAUUCAACAUUGCGGCGUAUGAGCUCAAACUCGGAACAAAAGACAUCCUCAUAAAACAGGGAAUGGUGGGAGAAGCGUUGUGAAAUGUAUAGAAGUUAUUUUGAACGCAUUAGCAAAAGCGAAUAAUUAUUUGGGCCAUUGGUUUAAAGGAUUGUGUCUUGUGUGUUGCCAAAUCUGCGGGACGCGCGUUGCUCCCCAUCAAAGCCAACUACAGGGGAGGGACAUAGCCGAUUUCUCGACUUCACCGCUCUGACUGAAGGGGAGGGUUCCGUAGACCGAAAUUGAUGGUUGUAGGCUACUGAGAAAGACUAGCUACUCCUGUUGAUAAAGGCAAAUUCCACCUUUCAGUCGAAUACAGCUGAGUUGGUGAAACAUGGAAACUGUGUCAUUGUCCUUGCUCUCACUGACACCAGACUCCAGAGUACUCUCUUAGUACGAAAUCACUGAUUCUGAGGGGAGAUGUAAAUUCUUGAAAAGCCUGCAGUGUUCCCAAGGACUAGGACUCCGGAUGUCUGAGGGGCUGUCACAGCAGGAGAGAAUCCAGGCUAUAGCGGAGAAGAGGAAGAGGCAGACAGAGGUCGAGAACAAGAAGAGGCAACUGGAAGAUGACAGGAGACAGCUUUCACAUCUCAAGCAAAAGUCCCUGAGGGAAAAAUGGUUGCUAGACGGAGCUGCUGGGUCGGAGCAGGACGAGGCCAAGAAACAGCUGGCGGAGGACGAGGCCAAGCUCAAGGGGAUUGAGGAGAACAUCAAUAGACUGGAGCAGGAACUGGAGGACCUGGAGACGGACGUGUCGGUGACCUCCACCAAAGAGAGUCUGACAGAUGCAGCCAACGUGGAGGAAGCCAAGACUGCCGACAACAAAGCUCCUGCAGGCACUGUUCAAGAGGCUAAGGAAGUGUUCAAAGGAAGCAACAGCCCUCGUCUGAACAUGUCCGGAGGUGCAUCAGAUAUAAUGAGAACAGAGGUCAAGGAAGUGCUCAAAGUGCACAACAGCCCUCGUCUGGACAUGUCCGGAGGUGCAUCAGAUAUAAUGAGAACAGCGAUGUACUCAGUAGAGAUCACCGUUGAGAGGGACAAUGUCACGGGCGAGACUAAGGUGUUGUCUACCAACACCCUACUGCCCAUUAACCUCUCUGGGCAAGGGGUCAAGGUGUAUGAGGAUUACCAGAAAGUGGUACACGAGGUGAACGGGGAGAACGGGGUCCACCAGCUCAGCGCCAACGAGGUGGACGAGCUCAUCCACAAAGCUGAUGAGUCCAUGAUGAGCGACGCCACCACCGCCGCCGCCACCUUCACCGCCCCUGUCUUCCCCACCAAUGCUGAGUUGGCUGCAGAACAGCAGACGACACCCAAGAAGGAGAUCACAGGCAUGGAGGCCAAGGCAGGUGGCGCUAGUCCCCAGCCAGGUGGAGGCGAGAUGGAGGCCAGCGCCGAGAACCCCGUCACUAUGGUGUUCAUGGGCUACCAGAGUGUGGAGGACGAGACGGAGACCAACAAGGUGCUGGGCCUGGAGGGGACCGUCAAGGCCCAGCUGGUGGUCAUCGAGGACGGCAAGGGCAAGAAUGUGACGGUGGGGCCCACCCCAGCCACCGUGACCGUCACCGAGGGAGGCGCCAAGAAAGAGCAGUCGCCCCCACCCAACGGCAGCGCCGCUGACCCCGCCAAGACCCCUCAGGAGACAUCCUCCGCAAAGGAGAAAGGAGGUGAGCCAGAGGGGGGCGCCACUGAGCUCAACAACAAGGAGAAGCAGCCUUGCAAGUGUUGCACCAUCAUGUGAGCAACUGUUGUGUGGCUGAACUUGACAUUUCAAGGAGAAAUGACAAACCAACAACAACCAUAACGUCAUGAAAACCAACAAACCCCUCCCCCCUGCCCUGAAUAAAAAGGCAUACAUGUUCUUUAUCUUCUGAUAGCCUGCUGUUGUUUUCUGACUUCGUUUUAAGUAUUUCACUAUCAUCUCAUCAUCUCCUUUCCUUCUUUUGACUUUUUUUAUUAUUUCAGGUUUGGUUGUGACAAAGGGGAGCAAUCCCUACCUUCUCACACUUUGAGAUUUCUGAGGGAGAGAGGAGAUAGAAAAGGAAGGAUAGAAGGAGAGAAAGAAAGAGGAAGGGGUUUGUUUACUCGCCCAGCAUUGUCCAACAAGCAUUUUUUUUAAAUGACAUCUCUUAUACACCACCAUGAAUUGUGUAAUCUUAACUUUCUGUAUGAAGGACAGAUAUAUCUCUCUAUAUAUCUCUAUAUAUACAUUGUUUAUUUUAAAGAUAUAUUUAUUUGACUUUUUAUUUUUUUGAAAAUGCCCUCUGGAAAGUAUUUUUGACAGAAGCAUGGUAUUCAUUGUUUUUUUCUGUCCUGUGCUAGUGCAUUUUAGAUUAAAAACGGGGACAUGAUUUUCUCAACACAAUUCUCUUGGAUUUUGAUUUCCAGAAAAAAAGAAAAAAAAACUUACUUUGGAAUGUCUGAGGCAGACAAACACACCACUGAUAUAUGGGAUGUCUGUGACAAACACAACACUGAUAUAUGGGAUGUCUGAGACAGACACAACGCUGAUAUUUAGAAGUGACAUGCAAUUAGAUGUCAGUAAUAUUGAUGACGUCGAAGUACUGUGUGCGUGUGUGUAUGAGCAUGCAUGAGUGUGUGUGUGUUGGAAUAAAAUGACCUCGUUGGUCCUUAUAUCAUCCGACACUACACUACCCACAAUCCCCAUCACCUAUUUUCUUUCUGGAAGAAAAAACUAUCCAUGCAAUUUUUUUGUGAUUUCCCUGCAACCAAAUCAGCUACACUAGUUCGACAACACUAGUAAUGAAUUGAAUAACAUGUGUGAAGGUCAUUCAUACCGAAGCUUGAAAAUGAAAUGAAUGCCCCUCUGUAAGGCUUGAUGUUUGUGUGAUUCACCCCCACAUUACCCAGAAUACCACUGCCCCUUUAAUAUAAAUAAUGUUGCUUACAGCUGCCUUUGUGAUAACACUAACUACUUUUCAUUAACUCAUUGACAUAAUCCUGGCUCCUGAUGUUAUGACCUAGCAACUAACUGGGUUUUGAAAUAAUGGUCGGCGUGGACAGGCCCUUCCAAUGUCCCGAAGAUUUUCGGCUGGAUAUUAACUACUGUGGAAUUGGUGCAUGGAGCAUAAUCUGUUGUUUUAAACGGCAGCGCAUAUCCUACCAAACUGUGUUGCAAAUACUGCAAGAAUUUGCUCCAUUCAGACAUUGAGGAAGAGUGCCAUUUGAAUGGGGGUCGGGGGUCAUAUAUUUCCCUCAGAGUCUGUGUGGGAGGAGAUUCAUUAUAAGAGUACUUGGUUUUCUGUUUUCCUGUUUGAACUCUACUGUCAGGCCUUGGUUUUGUCAUUUGUCAACGAAACCAAAGAAAACAGUUCAAGUAGGCCUACUUUUCAUUGUGUAUCUAUCACAGGAGGUUGGUGGCACCUUAGUUCCUUAGUUGCAGAGGAUGGGCUUGUGGUAAUGCCUGGAGCGGAAUCAGUGGAAUGGUAUCAAAUACACCACACACGUGAUUUCCAUGUGUUUGAUACCAUUCCAUUUGCUCCAUUCCAGACAUUAUUAUGAGCCGUCCUCCCCUCUGCAACCUCACCGGUAUCUAUCUAUCGACAUGUGAGGCAAAAAGCAGGGAAUUUCAACUACAACAUUCCAAUAAGUUUUCAGAAUCCUUUCCUACUCUCCUCUGAGUGGUCGAUUUUGCUCAAAAUUUGGUGUUGCAAUUAUUUGCCAAUUUUUAUUUAUUUUCAGAGAGCAAUAGAUGUUUUUGCAGUGUGGCUACAUUUGAACAGCUGUGUUUUCCUUUCCCUUGGCUUGUGUGUGUUUGUUAGCUGCAGCAUUCUUUACAUCUUACUUAUUUCUGCCAUUUUGGAGCCAAAUUUCCAGCUGAGCUGAGGGUCAUGUUAUCAUUGUCCAGUGUAUUUUUCCAGUGGUGAGUUGAGUCAGUUGAGUUGGAUUAGGUAAACUAGGUGUCAGAUCUUUUCAACCAACUCACUGGUUGAAGUCAAGCUCAUAUGUAACCGUGGUCCAUGUGUUAUUAUUCGCAUCCGAAAUAAAACAAACAUUUUGUUUUCAAA